UGGAGAAUUGAACUGAAACUUGAGUAGAUAUGGCAGGGACUUGCGCGGUUGUUCCCUUCCUACCGUGCGCGGUUGCGGCUGCUGUGUUCUCCGGCCUCCUCCCUCCCUCCGCAUCUCUGCCCUUUGUCCCUGCUUGCCCGGCUGCUUCGGUGAAUAAUAGAAGAUGUAGAGAUGAUAAUAAGAUCGAGAAAAUCAACGAGUAAAGGAAGAUAAAGAGACAAACUUGAUGGAUUGUGUGUUAAAAUCAUAAAUGGAAGAAGAGUGAAGAAUGGAGAUGAUCUUGUUGGAGAUGAUCUUGUUUGUAUGUUUUUGGUUUCUUAUUGUUGUAUCAUAUGCAGUAUUUUUUGUUGCAUCGUGUUGUUUUUUGUUGCGAUAUGUUGUUUAUUGUUGUAUCAUGUUGCUUAUUGUUGUUUUUGUUUAUUUAAUUUUUUGUUGUUUAUUUAGACUUCUAUUUGCCUUUGCUACAUCCUUAAAAUCAAAAUACGUGUAUAUAUUUAUAUACAAAAAGCUAAAAAAAAAUAAGAUUUAUGAAUAUAAACAACAAGAAACACAAAGAAACAAUAAGCAACAAAAAAAUGGUAAUCAUCAACACAAAGAAACACAUAGAAACAAUUGUCAACAAAAGCUAAUAAUAAAAUAACAAAAAUAAUAUUCC